UCUGUCUGUGUCGGCUGUUCCCCAUCCCUUGAAGGUUGAGUGCAGUGAGGCACAGGCAACAGCUCUGGAUAAAUUUCUUAUAUCUCAAGUGAUUUGAUCCAUACCUGAUUAAAGGUGUGCCCACUUCCGUGGGUACAGCUGGAGGUACAAAGGUAGCUGUGUAUAUUAUUAGAAAGUCACACAUUGGCUCAUCUGGUUUAGUUUCAACUCUCUUGGUAGAUGCACCUGCUAGAGUGGGAAUAUUUUUUUUGGUGUGUUUUGGUUGUGCAAAAUCUACCUGAUAUGUAAUGAAAGUGAUUCCAGAUGCUCUUGAUCUCCAGAAAGGCAAGGCCUAUCUGUCUAAUGAAAGACAUGAGUAAUUCUGGGUGUGGUGUUGGUAUACUCCUGGGUUCCUUUCGUCCUUCAUUUUACUUCCAUAUCCCAUAGCCAACAUUUUCUUGUGUUGUCCAUAUCUCUAAAUUUUACUAUCUUGGACUGAGCCUGUCACUUGUUUUGCUACCCAGAGGAGAGUAAUGAGUCUGGCAACCUGUGUGCGUCAAAGUCCUGUGAACCCAAGCAGAGAGCACAGGCUGCACCCAUGGAGUGACAUCUGGCUCUGAGGAGGUCCUGCCCUGGGAGAUGAAGAUAAAAUGGAGAAUGGGCUGGGAAAGAAACCCGAAGUCGUGAGUCUGGAGGAGCCCUGCGUGUUUCCAAACGCCCUGCUCUGAGUUCAUCCCACCAGUAAGGCUGUGCAGCGUGAGAACUGCUGUUGCAAAACUACCAGAUUCAACCUCCUGGGAAGCCUUUUUGGCCAAGCUUGUUGUGGUCAGUUUUCAGUUCUCUCUUGCUCCUGGACCUUGUUCUAAAUUUGAUCUGCUCGAGAGGGAAGCGUGUUAACGAAGGAGCUUGCCUGGAUGCUGCCCAGUAACACUAAACUGCUUUGGGUGCAGAUAACGCUUUUGGAACCCCUCUCCUGGAUGAAUGAGCCCUGUGUGGGUCAUAGCCAGCUCCAGAUGAGACAGCACAUGCCUAAACAAGAAACCAAAGGUGUUCGUGAGGCUGGUGUGGUGCAGCUGGUUGCCUGAAGACUUGGCCUUGGCUACUCCUGUUUGUGCCUCAGUGCUUACCCCAUCCUUGCUCUCUGGAAGAGUACUUUGUAACUGGGGUGUGCCUGAAUGCAUCAGCCUUUGGAUGUGAGCGUCUCCUCUUGAAACAGUCUCGUGAUACCCAGCUGUCUGCUCUCUUGGGAGGUCCCUUGGAAGAGUCUGUCUGUACAUCCGUCUGGGUGCCUGAAGGGGCCGCCUUGCUUCCAGAUUUGAACCAUGUCCCACCCGUCCUGGCUGCCACCCAAGAGUACCAAUGAGCCUGUUGGUCACGUUACUGCAAGGAUGGAGACCACACACACCUUUGGGACUCCCAGCAUCUCGGUGUCCACCCAGCAGACUCCAAAGAAGUUUGCACCUGUCGUUGCCCCCAAACCAAAGUACAACCCAUACAAGCAACCGGGAGGUGAUGGUGACUUUCUUCCUCCCCCGCCACCUCCUGUGGAUGACCUCGGGCAUAUCACAUCACCACAAGGUGCCUUUCCUCCCCCACCCCCUCUGGAUGAUGUUUCUUACAAUGUGCAGGUGAAUCCUGGUGGCAAGACGCUUGAAGAGAGGCGGUCCAGUUUAGAUGCAGAAAUUGACUCUCUGACCAGCAUCCUGGCCGACCUGGAGAGCAGCUCUCCAUACAAACCUCGGACCCAACAGGUCUCUGGGACCUCGAGCAGCUCUGCCGCCACCACCCCAUCCGUGUCCACCCCUGUUACUGGCCACAAGCGGAUGAUCAUCCCCAACCAGCCUCCGCUGACCGCCACCAAGAAAUCCACUGCCAAGGGCCCGGGGCAGCCGGCGCCCAUCCCGGUCACUCCUGUGGGCACUCUGAAACCGCAGCCAGUGCCGGCCUCCUACGCCACGGCCUCCACGCCCAGCCGCCCGGCCUUCAACGUCCAGGUGAGGACGGCGCAGCCCAGCCCGCACUACCAGCCGCCCGGCCUGCAGCCCACGCACUAUGGCAGCCUGGGGCCCGGCCAGCCCUACGCGGCCCCGCCGUCCCGCCAGCCCUCCGCCCCGCAGUACGGAGCGCCACAGCCCCACGGGCCCGACUACGGCUACGCUCCACCGCCCGCCCGGCCUGCGGAGCCCGCCUAUGGAUAUGCGCCUCCGCAGGGCCGCUACCAGGACCCCUACUACGGGGGGUACGGGGGAAGAAAUGGCUCCGAAGCGCCCUACGUGCCACAGAGCUCCUGGAAGGCUGAGCCAGCAUAUCCUGCUAGUAACGCCAUGGGCCAGGCUCCUCCUGGGCUCUACCAGCCGCCAGGCAGUAAGAAGACCUAUAUCACUGACCCGGUGCUGGCCCCACAGCCGCCCACCCUGCAGCAGAAGAGUGGAUAUCCAAGCUCUGGACCUGCAUCAAGCACUCCUGCCUUCAGGCCUGAGGAUGAGCUGGAACAUCUGACCAAGAAAAUGCUGUAUGACAUGGAGAAUCCUCCCUCUGAUGACUACUUUGGCUGCUGUGCCCGCUGUGGGAAGAAUGUUGUUGGAGAAGGCACCGGUUGCACAGCCAUGGACCAGGUCUUCCAUGUGGAGUGUUUCACCUGCAUGACGUGCAAGAGCAAGCUGAGGGGACAGCCUUUCUACGCAGUGGAGAAGAAAGCCUAUUGUGAACCCUGCUAUAUUAAUACACUGGAGCAAUGCAGUGUCUGCGCAAAGCCCAUCAUGGAAAGGAUCCUCCGAGCCACUGGGAAGGCCUAUCAUCCCCACUGUUUCACCUGUGUGAUGUGCCAUCGCAGCCUGGAUGGGAUCCCCUUCACUGUGGAUGCUGGCGGGAACAUCCACUGCAUCGAGGAUUUCCAUAAGAAAUUUGCCCCGAGAUGUUCUGUGUGUAAGGAGCCCAUCAUGCCGGCCCCAGGGCAAGAGGAGACUGUUCGCAUUGUUGCCUUGGAUCGUGACUUCCAUGUCCAGUGCUACCGAUGUGAGGACUGUGGUGGCCUCCUGUCUGAAGGGGACAAUCAGGGCUGUUACCCUCUGGAUGGGCACAUCCUUUGCAAGACCUGCAACUCUGCUCGGAUCCAGGCUCUGACUGCCAAGGCCAGCACUGAUCUCUGAGUAUCAACUGUGACCCUCCCCAGGAUGCCCAUCGGGGGAUAUUGCACAAGCUUUGCAUAAUUUCUUUCCAGGCUAGGGUCUGAAUCUCUAUUUUAAAAAAAAAAAAAAAAAAAAAAGUAAAACUGGAAGGCCUUGGAACAAGAGGGCAACUUGAGAGACCAUGUUCAGACUGCCUGUGACAAGCAUCUAAUUUAGACACAAAUGUUCAGUAGGGCAGUGAGUCAGAGCAGCUGCUGUAUCUGCAGCUGAUGGAGUUAAGUGGUCACAGCAGCUAAGUUACCUGCCUGUAGAAGGAGGUCUGAACAUGGUCCUACCUAUGUUUGUGUUUGAUUCCUGUUUCUUAAGAAGUACAUGAAGGUAGAAGGUUAAAGACGGCUGAGCUAGUUAUUUCUCCCAAGUUAUUUUGAGAACCUGGCCAGCUCUCACUGAGGUCAUGGGGAGGUUCCCUUUGACUUCAGUAGGAUCUGUUUCACCAGCAGAAGUAGCUCCACUGCCCUAGAAGGUGUGAGAGCAGAUCCAGCAUUAACACAAACAGUCUAACUGCAACUGUACUGCACCUGACUGUAGGUGUGACCUUGUAUCCUUGGGACAGAGAUUUGUUAUUUCUUAUGCCCAUACUUGUCUCCAUUCCCUUCCAGUUCACUAGGGGUUUUUUCUUUUACUCAUGAAAUUUUACUUUGCUAUUGCAUAAACUUCUUCAGUACUGAUGCUUCCAAUUCACAAUGUAUGAGCAAUCACAGAAAGGUGUGAGCUUGCACACACUGUACACUACACACACACACAACAUGCUUUUGAUUUACCAGAGGCACAAGCCAGUCAUGAGAAGCUCUUUAAAGGAUGUGAUGCUGGAAACACAUUUCUAAAAUCCCAGUGGUUAAAAUAACCCCAAAAUUACUACAUAGAACUGCAGUGCAAAGCGAUGCUCAAAAAAAUGUUACGCCACUCUCUCAUACACCCCCUUCUAGUGGGACCACUGGCAGUGUUGAUCUCUGGUAGACAUUUAAGCAAUAGAAUCUUGUUCCACCUCCUGUUAUUCCAAUGGGAGGAUUUUCCUUCAACUGUAACAGGGAUUCAAGCCUCGGGGUGAUAUUCAUUUCUCUGAUGUUAACACACAUGAUCUGGAGUUCUCAUUAAAAAAAAAAUCAAGGAUCUUGUUUCAACAGCAGCAAAAAAGACCCUCCUAAAUACAUAUUGCUGUUGUUCAGUUUUUGUCUUAAGAAAGCUAAAGGUAUUAAACCCUUCACUAUGCCGUUCUAGAAAGUAAGCAUCUUUUUUUUCUCUUCUGUUUUUGUCCCAGCCUCUUAUAACUUGUCUCUGGUGAAAUUCAUGGCAGUAGAGUGCUGGGCCAGCAGCAAUAUUUUUGGUUUUGGUCCAGAAUUAAUACAUAUGCCAAGGUAAAUAAAAACUGGGCACAGAUAAUCUUUUUUUUUCAUGUGAUGGUGGUGGGGUUUUUUUUGGUUUGGUUAAUUAAAAACAAAUCAAAAAAUUAUAAAUCCACAGCACACUGAGCAGCUAUAAUAUUCUUGUUCAUGAAACCCAUAAUAACUAAGGUGCAAAUUACAUAGCGAGGGAGUAAUUUUCAUAUCACUGAAUUGACAUUAAUAUCUUAUUUGCAGAUGUAAUCAAAGAAAAUACCUUUCUUUGCACUUAAAUUAAGAAGUAGAACUGAAACAGUUUCAGGCUGAUUGACCAUAUAAGUGACAAACUGGCACUUUUUAAGAGUAAGUUAUAAGAAUUUUUUUCAUACUCCCACUGAAAAACAGUAAGAAAUGUAUGUGGUGCUUUCAUCUUUAUAUGAGACUUCUAUUAUAGAGCAUGAUUAUAUCCACUAAUGCUGAAAAGUUACAUGAGCUGAAACGAUAGGAAACAAAGAGGAAAAAUUGUGAUGUGAUACUGCAGCUCCUGCAAAUGGUGCCUUUCCUUUCAGUUUAUGGAAGGCCACUGAAAUUCAAUAGCUUUAGCUACAUACAGUAAAUUCAAAUACUGAAAUACCAGUCUGAAACCUCUGUUCCUUACAUGGUUUAUACAUUGGCAAACUUCACCAGUGUCAGGGAAGUUUCCCAAAAUUCACAGCUUAAAAUGAAUCCUUCUUUGUAGAAGGGUGGCAUCGUUGAGCAAAAGAAGUCCUUCACCAGCACAGGGGCUGUGCUGAAGCAGUUUGCCUUUUUAUACUGGGUUUCUACGCUGGCAUUCAAAAAUUUUACUGCCUCAGACGUAAACAGAUUUUUUUGGCACCCUGGCUCCUGCCAGGUUCCACCUGGGCUCCUGCUCCCUGAACCGUGGCAUGUAAGGUCCUUCUGAGCUCGCUUCUUUACACACAGUCUGCACCACCAGCCAUCAAAAAAAGCUUGCAAAUGUUGAGCAAAUUUAGUUUGAACUAACCCUACAAAAACACAGGAGGUCAGUGCUAGGACUGAUAACACUGUUGUAUCCUUGUGGAGCAUUUUGCAUCUCUACAAACACAAGUCAGAAUGUGAUACACUCAGAUACAGAAUAAGCCAUUCAGCAGGCAGCAAACGUAGCUCUGAUCUUCCUUACUCUUCCUAGUGUUAAAUCAAGUGGCUGAUGAGACUCUUCUGAAUAAUGCAGGGGUAACUGAUGGAAAGAAGCUGUUGUACCUUCCAGGAGAAUGUGGCUUAGACCAAGGAGGACUCAAGUCCAGAGCCUUUGGGCUUUUUAUGGCCCUGCCAUAGGCUGGAUUGGAGCAAGUCAUAUGGCUUCUUGUCUUCCACCCUCUGCAUGAGAGAGCUUCUUUCCAAUUUCCCAGACAUAUUAUGGAAAUUAAACUAGUCACAGAUUGGUCCAAACUGCUUAUUUUUGGAGUUCUAUUUUCUGUUUCCAGAAAAGCUUACUGGUAUGUAGGUUUGGGCUUCCAGCCCAUUUCAAAGCACAGGGCCAGCCAGGAGAUCUAGAUCUCUGUUAUUAGGGUGCUGUUGUGAGUUGGGCUGGCAUGCAGGGAGGUAAGAGUCAAAAUUUUCAAGCAUUAAAUACUCCAUGGAUGAAAUAUGAUUGACAAAGAUUGAGCAGUGUUGAUAUUUGAGGUACUGUGGCUAGUUUCUAGAGCUGACAUAUCUGUGAAAAGGUACAAUAAUGGGGUUUUUUUUCACCCCAAAAUACCAAAGACAUCUACCUGUUGGAAGGAGUGAGUGUCUAAAACACUCUUUUUUAUUUUCUGUGGUUUUGCCUUUUUAAAUUGCUAUAAAUCUAUAUGAAAAAUAUUGUAUGUACAUCAUAGAGGCUCUCAUCACCCACAUGUGUAUGGAAAUCUCCCCUCUGAUGCUUCAGGAUUUAAUUAGGAAAUUCUGGUGGACAUAUCUCAAUUGCACUGCAAUUAAGAACCACUGGGAUAUUGCUUCAUCACCAUAUUUAUCACAUACUUUUAAUAUAUCCUGUUUAUCUGUUCCAAAGAAGGAGUCUUUUUCCAAAGAACUCUUGCUUUUCUUAAGGUGGACUUAAUCAUGACAAAAAUUCACAUCUUCUGUGGCUGCAGUAAUGUCCAGACUGUUCCUUUCAGAAAGAAUUGGAAGAUUGUUUUAUUGUCAUUUUAAUCACUGAACAUUGCUUUUAAAAACAGAAGCAACACCAUUUCUUUAGCGUAUGUGAUAAUGCACCUUUAAUUUGGGGGGUUGUUUUUUGGUUCAUUUUAAAUAUUUUAAUUUUUAUCAUGGCUACAAAACACUCGGGUAAAUGACUGAAUCACAGAGGUGUGGGAGUACCAAAGUGUUUAUCACAGUGAACUCUACAUAACAGCAUUCUUCCUGAUGGCAGGAGUGAGGCUUUCCCAAGACACGGGCCUUAAGUUGACUUUCUGCUUAUCAGUAAAAUGUGCCUGAGAAGAAAGAGAAAAAGAAGUGUCUUAAAAGAAAUGGUGGUUGUUAAAGAGAAUAUGCAACAAGUCACUCUGAAAUCUCCUUGGACCUGUUAUGGCUGCUGACUGGCCGUGGUUAGUCAAGCAUGACUUAGGUUUGAUAAAUGCUGGUUUCUUUUGAUUUUGAGAAAGUCUGGCAGGCAAGGGAUAACAGGACCCAGGAGAAGGUUCUUGGGGGAAAUUCUGUCUUUGCCCUCUGUCAGCAUCGGAUAUAAAUGUUAGACAUCUGGUGCUUCAGCUGAAUGUCUCAGAAAGGGUUUGAGUUUGUAACUGGUUUCUAUUGAUAUCUGGUUCCUGCAGUUGGUUCAUUGUGUUGAUUUGCAAUUUGUUCACUAAGCUGGGUAGACAACACCUCAUACAGAUUUCAGUACUGCAAGUCAGAGCUAUCAGGGGGAGGGGUGUUGAAGAAUCUCACUGUGGUGAAAUUCCCAUGAGAAAACACUAGUGAUGGUACCUGAGUGUUGGUUGUGGAGGGAGGUCAGGAACUACUCAGUAACCUAAAGGUUAAUAAAGUACAAACUAAGAGAACUGUGAGAACACUAUUUCCAGUUGGAGCUGGUUGCAGUUUUUACACUAAAUUACAUGAUAUCAGAAGGGCUGUUUUUAAUGAGAAAUUCUCUCUUUUUGCAAUGUUACCCACAACUUUUUUUGGUUGGUUCCCCCACCCCAUGAUUAAAAUCAUACUGAAUUUUUAUCUAAAUAAAUUUCAGAAUUGUUAAAAAAUAUUUUAGUUUCUAAAAUCCCCAUGUCUUCUUUCACGUUUUUUUUUGGGUAGUUCUUGGGUUUCUUCUGCUGGUAAUUUAAAGUUUCUGUGACAAUUCUGAAAACUUCUUUGGAUAAAAAUUCUACUUAAAAACAAGCAGGGGUUCUUGGGAAAUGAUUCAAUAUUGGACCUGGUGAAAUAAAAAAAAAAGCUUUGAAACUUCUCACAAGAUAUUUUUUCCCUAUUUUUAACUAGUUUUGCUAAUUUUGAAGUCACUGUUUCCUUUGUUAGAACAAUCCAAAUAAUGUGACUCUUCUUAAAAUAACAGUGUUAUUUCUGUUGGGUUCAUUUUUAUUUCCCAUCUUACAGCUGUGGAGUGGCUGGCUAUGGGGACUUCCAGUGUCUUUUUCUGUGGCAAUUGCAGUUUUCUUCUUUGUUUUUAUCUUGGGGUUUUUUGUUUGUUGUUUUUUUUUUCCCCCUAAAAUUACUGAAGAAUUUAAGCACAUUAUGGCAACUGCCAUGAAGAUCGAGAGAUACUGAUUGAACAUUGCCUCCACAUACCUUUUUGGGCUUGGGAAUGGCAUUUCUCCUUAGACAUUUCUAGAAAUAUUACCUGGCUUCCUCAGCAUUUCAAGUUUGACUGUGCAACAGUCAAUUGCCUGACUGGCAUUUGGAGCCUGAAAGAAAACAGAUUUUAUAUCUGUGAAAUUAUAACAUUUAUCCAGCAUCUAAAAAUCUAAGAUAAAAAGUAUAACCUUGGUAGGUUUCCUGGUGGACAUUGGGGAACAGCUUUUACUUCAGCCUGAAAAUUUUCUGCUGAGAUCUGAAAAAACUAAGCUCCACACUCUCUGGCAUGUGCACACACACAUAAGGUGGUUGUGGGACUGUAACUGAGUAGAGAUACCGGCUGCAAUAUUGAGUAUUGCUACUUAUACCUCACUGGGCUUUACUCCUGACUACUUGUCCCUGGUCUCUUUGGCUUGGUACGUGUGGAAGCAACAGGGUUGAUCGUGGGUAGCAAGAGCAUUCAGUUCAAACUUUUUUUUUUUUUUUAAUUUUGUUUGUCCGCUUUUUUCAACCUACCAGGAUAUUUUAGAGACUGAGGAAAGAAAUGGAAGCCCCAGGUUUUGUAAUUAGCAUUACAUUACUGGGGGUUUGAGCCCCUCCCCAGGAACAUCACACUUGGGGUGUCUCUUCUUUCCUACCUCUGCCUCCCUUCGUCCACAAGCCACUCUCUUACCCUCUUUUUCCAUUUCCUCAACGUGCACUCAUCUUUGCAGUGAAGAUGGUUUGUUACUUACUUCACUGAGGUAUUGUGAGUCUUAGUUGGUAGCUGGAAAAACUUCUUCAGAUCUUUAUUAAAGUAGUUUUGUGUGUCCUUAGUAUCAAUGGCCUGCCAUAUGGAUAUCAAAGAAAAUUGUUAUAAUUAUUGCUUUUAAAAUUAUUAUGAAAUUGUGCCUUACUUUUUCAGUCAUAUUUAACCAUGUAAUUUAGAACCACAUGAUUGCAGGGAUUUAUCAUGAAGAAAUAUGUUUGAAGGAUAGUUUGUUUUUUAAUAUUUUUUUUGGUACAUAAAUGAAUUUAUUAGCUUUUCCUCUUUUAUUUUUUCCUCCAGUUUUAUUCCCUUAAUAUGUUUGUGUAAAAGGGCAGCCUGAAUUUGCAUUUGUGAGAGACAGAAGAUUUUAUUUGGUCUUGUAUGUAGAGCUUUCGUUUUCUUUUAUGUUCCUUCAGGAAAAUUCCUCUCUGCCCAAUUACUCAUACUGAGAUGUCUUCAAAUUCAGGCUGACCAGUAAGGGUUUUUUGUUGUUGUUUAAUUUAGUGUGUGGUUUCCUUUGUGGUUGUGGUUUUUCUUUUAAUUAACCAGAUAUCAAAUGCUGGGGAGGUAUUGUACAUUAAUGCAGAAUGUUAAUGCUAAUUUUCAUAGAAAAGACAAAAAUAGAGUCUUUCCCUGUCUCCAGUGCAGUUUUGUUACUGCUCUGUGUACAACACUAAUAUUAAGCCAGACUGUAAAGGCUAAAUACGCAGAGUGACCUACUUCCAUUCACCAGCAAGAAUCCUUUGUCAGCUGACUCCUGUUUGUUUGUUCAUUUUUAAAUGUCGGAUUACAGAACGAGCAUCUCCUAAAGAUGAAAGAAAACAUUGUUUUCAUGUGCAGGAAAUUUGGGGUUGCAGUAACAGAACAUUUUCUUUGUGAAUUUGGAUGUCGUGGUGUUUUAAGCUCCUGCCUGGAGCCUAAAUCAAUUUGGCCUCUCAUCCAGUUCAUCUAACUGGUGCUCCUAAAAGGCUGCAGCCCUGCAAAAGCUCAUGCAGCAUUUUUGGCUGCUUUCCCUUGCUCCCAUUUGGUACAUAUUUGCACAAUUUAACUGAGCUUUUCUUUCUGCUGAAGGCCAGAUGCAAGCGAUACGAAACACUAAACUUUAUAAACAAGCAAAGCCAUUUCAACCACAGCAUUUUGGACUAGAAUGGAUUUUUAGGUGGCGCACUGUCUGCUGGCCUUUGGAGAGGGGAUCCUGAAACUACAGUGGACUGGAACAGGAUGCAAAGCCACAAGCCUUGUUUUUUUAAUAAACUACUUACUGUAAUCCAGCUACACAGUUUCAGCCUCACACUUCAGAAGAAGCUUCCAGUAGCUAUGCACGUACAGGCACUUUCUCUCUUGAAGAAAGUGAAACUUUCCCGACCAGAGUAAAUUUAACCUAUUGCAUAAGAUGCUGGAAGGUUUUUUUUUUCCUUGGGAUUCUCUCUGUAACCUCUGUGUGCAGAGGAUGAAUAGCUUUUUUUUUUCCUCUUUUUUUUUUUUCCUGACAAGAUUAGAUGUUGCAUAUUGAUGAGCUAGCAUUUCAAAGGUCCGUAGGGCUUUGGAACGUAUUAAGAAUCUCUGAAGUUUAAUAUUCACCAUGUUUUAAAUAUUCAGAAGGAAAAAUCUGCAUAAAAUGGCUUUUGAUAAAUACGUUCUAGGGAUUCUUUCUAUCUUACACAAGCGUUGUGGGGAUUGUGGCUGUGCCAGUUGUGUUCCAAAGUGCCUUUUGUUUCAGUGUUUCAGGACCAUUUUGGUCCCAUUUGUGUGCCCAGUGCCUGUACUGAAGUCUGUUAUGGUUUCUUCUGGAACUGUACAGCAGGCAGGUGGAUGUGACUAAGAAAAGCCUCAGUUGAGCAUCAAAACUCCCAACGAUCUGCUUGGUGCCUCCCCUCCUUAUUACACCUGGGCACCUCCAGCCUGUUUCUGUGCCUGCUUCUCAUGGUGCAGAUUGGGAUCAGUCCAUUGAUCAGGCCUGGCUGAGACCUUUCUGCAAAGGUCCUCCACAGCACUUGGGAUUUGAGAAUGGAAAGGGCAAGAUCCUGGGUGCAGGAGCAAAGCAAAGUGUCAUUUAAUGCAACUCAGAUCUCACAGGGCAGUUUCCCCUUCCUUGCACGUCUGUUUAGUGAGAGUCUCAGCAGUAAAAAUAAUGCCUUUAGGAGAAAUCCUCUCUUGAGUAUGCUCCACUUCCCAUGCUCUUGAAAAUCUGAUUCAGGCUUUAGAUGAGGAGGAUCAGUUGUGGGCUGCAAAGACACAGCUACUUUAUGGUAUCACUAAGGCAUUGCCUUACCCUUGAUGUCCCAUGGGACAUCCCAUGGUGUUGCAGGACACUUGCUUUGGUCCCGCUCACACACAGCCUUGACUUUGUCAUACCAGUCCCUGUUGAAUCAGCGCCUGGUACUUGUUCUCAGGACCGCUCUGGCUCAGGCCAAGGGCAUCUCAUGCCUCUAUGCAAAAGAUGGUGCUUUCAGGUUUUAGCUUACAAAUAAUGCAACCCUUUCAAACUCACCUUUCCCCUCUCACAUACUCUUGACAGAAGUAGGAUUUUAAAUAUUUCAUAGCUUUCUUCUUUCUUCUUCCUUUUUGCCAGAUGCCUUGAAAACAUUGUCAGAUUACGAUCUGGGGGGGAUCAGGAAGGAUCGGUUUCCUUUCCUUCUUGAUUGCAUGGUGUAGGUUUGCAAUGAGGGUUUUGUCCUUUUUUCUUUUUUUUUUUUUCUUUUUAAUCUUACAGAACAGAUGCCUUCAGUUUAUGCAGAGAAAGAUUGUCUAUGAUUAGAGCUAAUCCAGGAUGGCAGGAUUGGACCCCCACAGUGAAAGCUAGAGAAGUGAUUGCAAAAGUAUUCUGUUUCUCCUUUAUUAAUUGCACAGGAAGUUUCCACCAAAGGCUCAUGUAGCCCAACUGGCCUAUGUAAUAAGUAGCAGGGCCUGUAAUUACAGUCUGUCUUCUGAUCCUAUCUGUGCUCUGACUUUCUAGGCACCGCAGUUCUAUUUACAUCUGGGUCUUUGUCACCUUUUAAAUUUUUGAUUGGUCACUAAGGGAAGGAGAGCACGCGCUGUGAGCCCUGCGGAGGUGCAGUGAGUAUAAACGAGGGAAUCCUCCUGCUUCUCAGGUGUCCGUCUGAUGUGGGACAUGGAACAGAGCAUGAGGAGCAGGGGGGUUUUGCCAGCCGUGCAGCAGUGGAGGCAGGCUGUGUGCCAGCUGGGUAACUUUCAAGAUCUCAGAGUCUUUGUAGGACUGGAAAUUUGAACCUUUUACAGGUCUUAACUAGUGGACUCUCCUGUGAGGGAGUUUAACAGCAUUUCUUUGCUUAAAGCAGUUUCUACAGGAUUUGACUUUUUUUCUCUUAUAAGAUUCAAGGUUUUAUCAUUGCAGAGAUCCUUCCCCAUAUGGCAUGAGGAGGGAGAUGGUUUUUGGCAUCAUGCAGAAAAACUGGGUUAGAAACCCUGGUAUCAGUGUAAAGCAAGAGUAACUUGAGUGGAAGGGGGGAAGGCAGUGAUUUGCAUGUGGUUCAGUACCACAGUUCACCAGCUCUGACCAUCAGUGAGCACAGUCUCAAGCAGAUGAGCUUGCUGGAGUGUCAGUCCUGAGCUUUGGAACUAAGUAGUAAAUGGUCUCCUCAUGGAAGUGGAAGUGUUUGGUGCUGGUCACUUUGGCAGUAAUCUCUGGUCUCUUUGGAAACAUGCACUAAAGUUAGGGUAAAGCUACAGAAUGGUGCUCCCCCGUCUUUUUCUUCAAGGCAGACUCCCAGUGCUAGGUUUGAUUAAGAGGAAUGAAAGCCAUUGGGCAAAUAUGCAAAAAAACCCCACCAUUAACAAUCCACUAUAGAUACUUUUAGUGUCCAUUAAAGUGUUACACAAAUUGUCCCUUUUCUGCAGCUUGCACUGUUAUUUCAUUAUUUUUAACCUGACUUCUGUAUAAAAAAACUCCUCAAUUAUUUUUUAAUUUUUUGUAACUCUGCUUCUAAGAAAGUUGAUGCUUUAAAGGAAAAAAAAAAACUUAGUUUCAAACAUGGGUUUUUCAGGCUUCAAAAUUAAUAAUUUCUACACCUGACCCAGUUCCUGCAGCUGCCAAAAAAGAAAAGAGAAAGCUAUUUAAAUUUCUCAUAGAACCAUUUAUCUCUUAAAAUAUGCCAAGGCAAUUUGAGGUGGGGGUGGAGACUCAGCUAUUUAUCUCAGCAGCUUGAUUUUUCUCUUUAUGUUUCUAACUGUCAGGGGGAAAAAACCGGUAGGAAGCUAUUCUUGGGCUAUUAUUGAUGUAUUGUGUUGCCAUUAUGCAGGAUGUCUGCUUUGCUAUAUACGGAAGGACAUUAAUAAUAGCCAUCUCCCCUGCCCCCACCCUUGGUUCCUCUUUGGGAAGAUAUGGUUUAACUGGAGCAUCUGCUGUGUUCAAAUUGCUGCUCCUUCCUCCCCUUCCCCCAGUUCAUUCCCAAACUAGUUUUAGGAAUCAGGGCUAAGGGAAUAAGGAGACAGAUUAUAUUUACCAUUUUUCUGCCUACUUCUGUGGUUGCUUCAGGCAAGUAAUUUUCAUGCCAUAUACCUAUCUACCCUCUUCCUUCCCAUGUAUUGCCCCUGUUUUCAUUUUAAGUUCAUCAGUGCAAAGGAGAAAUGCUUUCUUGCUGUCUUUUUCUCACAAGGGCUGGCUGACAGAACAGGUUCAGCAACAGACCUCUGAUUUGUUAUUACCCAGCAUUUCAUAUCCAGCAACAUCAGUUUCAUUGUUUUGCAUUAGUAGGAAAAUGUAUUCCCAUUCCCAUCCCUCCUGCCCCAGGUUUAAAAUAUUGUUAUGAGACUUUGAAGGGUCCUUCUGAUUGUUUAAAGACUUGGAUGCUUGUUUUAUUUUUGGAAGCAGAGUGUAUGGUGAACAGGAAUGGUUUGAUGUUUAAAAAAUAGCUCCAGUUCAGCAUUCCCCUAGAGUGCGGGAAGUCCUGUCUCUGCAGGUCUGUGCCAGCAGCGUGACAGCCCAGAGAGCAAAGCCGACUUGAAUAGGAAAAAGAACUGGCCUGCCCCAUUUCAUCUGUGAGAAGAGAGAGGUGAAAAUAAUAAAUGUGGCAAAACAUAAAGGGCAGAAUUGCUCUGAUACUUUUUUAAUGGCUGUUCCUACAUCUCCUGCUAAUUCUGUUCCAUAGAAACUUUGCUUAUUCAGCAUUUUUGGUAACCAGGACCAUGUGCUUUUCAAUCGUAUCAUUAUUUUUAUUUGUCAUUUGUUGAGUCUUAGUCUUGCCUUGGUCCCCAUGGAGUAUGGAGCCACUUUGGUUUUGGCACUGAAUGAAAAGUUAGGAGCUCUGUCUAGGAAAGCCUACCUAGAAUUUAGAACCAGAAAAUGUGAUCAGAAUAUUUUCCAGCUCUGAUACAGAGGAGUUUUCAGAAUUGGAAUCCUUUGUGGGAGGAAUGCCUUCAGUGGGGGAAGUGCUUAGAUUUCAAAAUGAAAGGGAGAUAACCAUUCAGUGUAGUUUUGUGUUGCUUUUAUAUUCUUCCUUGGUGCUGGCCAAGGAGAAAAAGGACACACUCUGAAGUGUUCCCUAAACUAGAGCCAGAGCCCAGCAUCUCUUCUACAACAUUUGCCCCAGCUCCAGCUUUCCACCCUGCUGCAGUGUGGGAGUGAGGAAAGCCUGCUAACAGAGCAAGGUCCACCUCCUCCUCUCCAUGGCCAGCACUGCUCCCCAUGAUGAGUCUGCAUCCAGCCUAGGCCUUGAUCCUGCCUUCCUAGUGCAAGUAUUUUGCCAGAAUCAGCUGUUUUCUCUCUGCCAUUAACUAUGGGACUGUGUGCAAUUAUGAGGAUUUGCAGAGGAGGAGAAGAUCCUGUUCCAAUUAGACUGCCUUUGUGUUAAUGUUUCAUUCAAGGCUGUAUGAGAUAAGAGCAGUUUGCACUGAAAUGCACAGCCGGAGGUUGUAGUUUGCGUUUCAACUGUGUUGAGAUAGUGCCCAUUGAAAAUACAGAAUUGGGGCACUUUUUUUUUUGCAUCUGCCAGUGCUUUACUGGCAGCUCUGUGUGGGCUGGAAAGCCAUUUCAGUUUGGCAAAUGGACAUUUCAUGCCUUGUCUCCAGAGUCUGAUCUAGCUCUUUGCUUUCUCCACCUAAAAAGUAGUAUUUCUAACGUGCCUAAUGCCUAAGUAGCUAAGCAUCUCAGCAGAACAAGCAGCAAGGUGAUGAGUAGGCCACUGACAGAGCUCCCUUUACAAAAAGUGUAUUUCAAUUGCUUCAGUGUGUAUCUUUUCUGAGACCUGCUGUGCUCCUUCAUGGGCAGCAGAGAAACAGCCCUAGUGGUGAGCAGGCAUGGAAACUAGGAGGAUGAUGGAGAAGAGAAACAAGAGGUUAAUGCUGAGCAUCUGUUCUAGGUCUAUCCCAUCAGCAUGACUUGUCAUCUUGCUUAACACACCCUGUUGUCUGGUAGGCAACUGUUCUGUAGCAGAGAUACUUAGGUAUAAAUCCUCAAAUGUCUCUGUCUUAUCAGAACUCCAGUAGUUCAUAUCUGCAGAAUUUAUUCACUUAAUAUGGUCUCUUAUAAGCUCUCCAUCAUUCAUUUUUUAAAUAAUACUAAAAGAGAAAAUUUCAAGGUGAACCAAAGGGUGUUUGAUUGGUGCUACUGUAUUAAAAAGGCUGAUGUGCUCUCACUUUCAAUCCUCAAAAUCAUGUUUUAGCAAACUCUUCCCUGUUGUGAUCAGAGAGGAAAUGCAAGCUGUAUUGAAAACAUAGAAAAGGGAAAGAUAUGAUGUUUUGAUGCUCUGUACUGCACCCCUGUGACCUCCUCUGCUGUCCCCGUGGAGAGUGAGAACUGAGUAUUGGUAGAGGUAUGGGCAGAGCAAAGUAAUGCUUGGACUUUGUCUCGUGGUCUUGCUAGAAAGGAUCUCCUUUGGUGAGACUUCAACUUCCUUAAGGGUCCUGCACUUUCCCAUGCUACAGCUUGUGUUUUGGACCAACAGAGGGACUGGAGGGCAUCUUCCAGUGCAUUCCCUCCAGUGAGUCAAAUGAGAGACCUGGAAUACUAAUUCUGUAGUUUUAGUAAUUCCACUUUUCAACCCGAAUGAACAGCAGAGGUUCUUCAUGUGUCAGAGCCCAAUCUCUCACACUGGCUUUACCUCUGGGCUGAUGCAAGGGGGUCUGAACGACACAUGGGUAAUUCUAGAGGGAUUUUUCUUGGCUAAAUGCCCCAUGGAGACACCCUCAAAGGCUGGGAGAUUGACUUAGCUCUUUCAGACUGCAAGGAGGAAGUGCCCCCAGGAACGUAUUUGUCCUACAUAGCUGCUAUGCUUUGGCCUAUCCCUGCCAGCUGCAGACCUGUCUGCUCGAGGGUUCACCAGCAAUGAUCUUUACUGGAUGUGCAGUAAUUCACAGUGGGUGACUAGGCCAGGUUUGAAUGGUGUUUCAGCUUUAUGGUAGUUGUUGGUUUAGCCCUUGAGAUGGAGAAGGUUUUAUAUUGUUGCCUUCGUUGCAGUUGAGAGGGGAGCGUGACUGGCCACGCUUCUCCUUGUCCUGCAUCAGCAGGCGGAGGCUCUCAGUGGUAUGGGAAGCAUCUUCCUUUUAAAUGUGAAUCACUAGCCUAGGUAUCUGGGCAAGGAGGGGGCACAAGGAAGCAUUCCCUCUAUGAGGAAUGCCUGCUGCUGCACACUCUAUGCCCUCAGAUCCUAAUGAAGUAACAUUACUUGAGCUUUUGGGACUGGUCUCCUGUCUGUCAGAGCUUGGGGGUACCAGAGCUUUACUCCUUGCUGAGCAAAAGCACUACCCAAGUCUGUGAGGGGCCUAAUCCUGCUGCCAUUGGAAUUUUCCUGAAUCCUGUGAGUUGCUGAGUGUACCUCCUGUGAGCUGCUGAGUAGUCUCCCUUGUCAUUGAACCCAUCAGGCCACUUGUCUCCCUCACUGGCUUCUUCCGCAGGGCUUUGAGGGCACUCAGGAAAUGCAAUCAGCACCUUACAGGAUUGAUCUGUUAGGCAAUAAAUGAAGUUUUUUCUCUGGUAACUUGUGUGCAUGAAUUAAAAAUCAUUUAUUCCAAUUUGUUCUGAGGACAGAUGCAGCAUAUACACAUUUUCUAUAUUUAUAAAUACAUAUAGAUAUAUAUAUUUUGUUCUCGGCUAGUUACCUCUUCUAAACUGCAAUUUUCAGAGCAACCGGCAUAUAUUUUUUAUUCAACACUUAAAAUGACUUUUUACAGUAAGAGAAUGAAAGCUGUUUUAAGCAUGUGUUUUCUGUAUUUUUAUUAUGCAUUAUCCAAUUAUAUUGAGAUGUAUUUUCCUCUUGCUCUGCUCUUUCAGUUGUUAUCCUUUUUAUCAGUUAUGCUUUUCAAAUGUUUUGUAAGGGAAAAUAAAUAUGCAAAAUCGCCAGAUGCCUUUUUUCUUUGCAGAAGAAGUAUCACAAAUGCUUUUUUAUUACAUUUUACCAAUCCAAUAAACUCCUUAUAA